GCUGCAUGUUCAACACAAAGGGGUAAAAUUCCUAAAAUACACAACAUUAUUAAAAAUAAAUGAGUCAUAAAUGUGGAGGGCACUGUCUUUCACUUGUCGGGUGAUAAAUUUUCCAUUGCCUCUCAGAGCAUCGCUGUUUCAGUGUUAGAUGGUUGUGUCGCCGCUCUUUGUCCUAUUGUUGGAUCAGAGGUUCAAAUGUUAGCUCUAAGUAUAGAGAUGUGCACAGCUGUCGUGUCACGCUUUCCACGCUGCCUGUUGUUAAAGCACACAGUAGUAGUGUCUCGUGUCUCUUUAAAUGCGGGUUGCGUAGAUCCUUCAUGAAUGAAGCCACGUGAUCCAAACAUCAUUUGACGUCUGGCGCCUCCGACCAUAGACUAAAACAAGCGGGGAAGGAGUGGAUAUAUCUGGAGACCUGCGAGAGAAGGCGUGAGCGGAAAAACAUUUCUCCAACUGUCUGUCUUCUCCACACCGGGUCGACGAACCGUCGGCGGACGUCAACCUUUCGAAGCUGCGGGUGGGCGAAAGGCGCCGGUUUGACUUCUGGUUCAUUCAGAAGAGCAAGGCUCUUGUGGCAUGACGACGACUAACAAAGGAAAUAAAGCCUUGAAGGUGAAGCGUGAGCCGGGCGAGAAUGGCACCAGCCUCACAGACGAGGAGCUGGUGACCAUGUCGGUGCGGGAGCUGAACCAGCACCUCCGAGGGCUCUCCAAAGAAGAGAUCCUGCAACUGAAACAGCGGCGGCGCACCCUGAAGAAUCGUGGCUACGCCGCCAGUUGCCGGGUGAAGCGUGUCACCCAGAAGGAGGAGUUGGAGAAGCAGAAGGCUCAGCUGCAGCAGGAGGUGGACAAACUGGCCAAUGAGAAUGCUUCGAUGCGCGUUGAGCUGGACGCUCUGAGGUCUAAGUACGAGGCGUUACAGACCUUCGCCAGGACUGUGGCACGAAGCCCCACUGUCGGGGUCGGGGUCAGGGCUGGAGGGGGAGGGGGAGGGGUGGCGUCAUCGGUCAUCGGGCCGCUCAUCCCAGGGAAGGUGGCGACGGCGACGAGCGUGAUUACAAUAGUGAAGUCAAAAACAGACACACGGUCUUGAGGGAAGGGAAGGGAGAUGAAGGUGCAUCAGGAUGGAGCUUAGCUGCAUCUGAGUCAAUCUUCCCCUCUGCCGGACUCCUCCUCCAUCUGCACUGACGGACAAACAGCCGGGCGGCCUCGCUUGCAUCGCCACGGCACGCUCCUGUCACGUCAUCACUUCUGAUCAGUGCAGAUGAAGGAAAGGAUGGAAGCGGAGGAGGACUCUUGUACCAAUGCAGGACAAAUACACAGGGUUCCUAUGGGCACUGAAGACCCGGAAAUCCCAAAUAAUUUGAAAACUGUCUUAUUCCUGAUCAAGAAAAUAAUCUGACAUUUGUAAAUACUCAAAAUGAGAAAAUUCCAACAGUUUUCAUUUGGUUUUCGGUGCUCAGUGCUGGUGAAUCUCUUUAAGUAAGUACAUAAUAACCAUGUCACGAAUUUGCACACAGAUUUGAAGAGGUGCCUGAUCAAAAUAAAAUGUAUAAAACUGAAAUAAUUUGGUACAUCAUCAAACAAUCCUAAACACAUAUGAGAAUCAGAGCAUUUAUUCUUGAUUAGUUCUAUGGAAAUCAUUGAUUUUAAUGUGACCUGCUGAUUUGAGUGGCUGCAGAGAAGCCCCAUCUUGUUCCACCUAGCCAAGAACUUUUUUCAGAAAAGUACUAUAGAAGAUAUAUAUAUUAUACAAUGGUGGUAACUGUAUUUCUACUGUUUUGUACUGUGUUGUCAUUCACAUGAGGUCCAAGGUGUAUUCUCUGUGUGUGAAUUGUUAUAUAUCAGGAAUUCUGUGAAAUUCUGUGGCGCGUGUUCGUUUUGGUAUUGCUAUAUUUGGGUAGCUGUAUUUUUGAUUUGUUUUUCUUAUGGUCUUUUUACUUUCAAGUCAGACUCUCGCGUUCUCUUACCUACUCUUUUCUCUGUCCUUCGAUUUUUCAACUCCAACUGGCUUCCAUUAUUACAUGCAGUACUUCCUGAAUUUUAUGAAAGGAGGAAGGGAAAAGGAGGGGGUAGGCAAUUAAUAUUUACCAAAACAUAUUAUAGGAAAAGGAGAUGACGUUAUUUAAUUCGCUGACCUUAUUUUAGUGUGGGAAUUUUCAGGGAAAUGGUCAUAUGAAGAUAAAAGCCUCUUUGAGUUUUGCUUCAAAGUUUAUUAUUCAAGACAUUUGGAAGGGCAAGUGCCUUUUUCUCCUAAUGAUAUGCAUAGAGAAGAAGUCAAAAGGAUAACUGAUGAACAAAUAAUGUGAUAACUUGUGGAAGGAUGGUGGAGAUUCAGUGUAGGUGUGUUGCGUAUGCUUGUGCUUUAUAGCAUAAACUGACCAAUCAGGAGUCAGCUAGUGACAGCAUUUAACUCUCCCCGUACACUGUUAUUUAAGCUGUGUAAUAGCAAGUAAUGACGAUGAUGAUUAUUAACAGUUAUGUACCUUGGCAAGUCAUUUGUUUAAAGUGGACCUAUUCUGCUCGUUUGCAUCUCUAUAUUUUUAUUCUUGGACUCUAGAGAAGCUUUGCAUAAUUCUCAGUGCAAAAUGAUCCCUAUUUAUUCAACACUAGUCCUUGAUGCAGCCCUUCAGGUCAUUUCUGUGUCUGAAAUGAGCUGCUUUAGCUCUUCACCCUUUUAAGGCAACCUUCUGGUAAGCAGAAGGAUUGACAAUGAGUUGAGAACAUUCAAAACAUGGUUUCAUAGAGUGGCUUUGCAUGAUUCAGAGUUGAAAAUAAUGCUUGUUUAUCUGAUACUGGUCCUUUAUGCAGCCCCUCAGUUCAGUUAUAGCUCCAUUCCCUUUUCAUUAGGCUGUAUUCUGAUUGGCUGCUCCUCCUAAAUAGAAGAUCUUUGUCUGUACUCACAGUCCAAACUAUGUGCCUGACAUGGCCAUUACCAGGGGAACCUGCUGUCACUGACAUCAUACAGGGCCAGAAGUAGAAAAACAGUCUAAAGCUGAGCAUUCUCAUCUGUGCGUUUCACUCACAGGUUGUUGGGGUUUUUUUUCUAUUUGUUAUUUGUCCAUGAUAAUGUAUACAUAUUUAGAAAGUAAGAAAAAGCACAAUAGGUCCUCUUUAAGUGAAAAGAAAAAAGGAAAAUUAGCAACAACAAAAAAAAGAGCCUGAAUUUUAUUCUUGGGGUUUUUUUGGGUCUUAUUUUGGAGUUUUUUGCAUAAAAUACUUUUGUCUGUUAUAAACAAAUUCUGCUGUAGGUAACAACACCUGCAGGAAAACCUUUGCCUCAAAUCAGAGCAGUUUGGGUUGCACUUUUCUUUUCUUUUCUUUUCUUGCUUUUACCCGCAAAACUUACAACUGCAAACUGCAACUGUGAUUUCUGACAGUGCAGUCAGCGGGCAUGGGUGACAAACAUUUCUCUGAAUUUCACAUAUUUCACGCGGGCUUUACCAUAAAAAGUAGUCUUACGUGGUGAUCUAUACUUAAAGAAUCUUUGUCUAUGUAUGGUGGAGUCUGGAUUUUUAUAAAGACAAUUAUCUUUGCAUCGUUUGUAAUGACAUGUAUAAAAAAACAAAACAAAAAAAAGGUAUAACAAAAUCUGUUUGAUAUACAGUAUCUCUCUAUUUUGCAAUUGUACCAAAAGUGGCUUAACUACUGAAUAGCUUUGUUUUUUCUCUAGCUACUAGGCACGUGUGUGUAGCCGUGAACUAGUGUGUGGUGUGCUGUGUAGGUAUGUGACGAGGUAAUAUAACGUUCCCUAUUUCAUGGAUAUGACUUUGAUACGUGUUUGAUUUCAGGCUGAAGCGGGUGAUGACACAGUGAGUAACUGCACUCUUUCUCAAAUCGUAAAGUCUUUGUCCUCCCCGGCCCUCAUCGUUCAGCUCCAGCCCUGCAGAUGUGUUAGAUCAUUUGCUAAACUGCACUUUGGCAGAGUUCACGUUGGCGACAUAUUUCUGAGCAGACCUCUGUGUCUUUAUUUUUGGUCUGUGCAGCCUGUUGCAGAUAAAGUGACCAACGAGAUGAGGAAGUUUUAUGGUUAACCUCACACACUGCAUUGUGUAUUCAGGUCAUCAGGCAAAGUAGCAAAUAUGUGAAACUCUGCUGAAGGCCUUUGUGGUUGCAUCACACCUACUCCUUCAAUAACUUAUUUUUAUAGUGUGUGAUUAAAAAAAAAAAUUUGUUUUUGUUUUUUUGCUUCUGUAUUUUACACGGUUAUGUAUAUUUAACAUCGUUCCAGUUGUAUUUGUUUUUUGUUUUUUUUAAACUGUUCUUGAAGUGUCAGGGAAGUGAAAUAACAAUUGUUAUAUGGUGUUUUAUGAAGUGAAAAAAAAUCUAUUCUGCUAUUUAAUGGUUUGUCUGUCAAAGAGUGAGGUUUACCUUUGAGUACAAUUGCCUCAAAUAUUUUUUAACCUGAUUUUAAAGCUGAGAGAGAAGCAAUUUACACAGAUGAAAACAUUACAUACAUGCAGCCUUUUACCUGAACCGCUACUUCUCCACUGUGAAGAAAAAUGGGUUAGCUCGCCUACUGCUGUGCAGUUACUAUGAUAAGUAAGGAGUGUCUUCAUCUGUACAGAAAUAGAAGUCAAACUGGUGAACAGUGAAAAAGGCGCAGGAGGAUAAAUGGGUUUGUGAUUGAAAAUAUUUUUUUCUCCGUAGUCUUUGAACGGAUAAACGUUCACACGUUCAGUCAGGCGUGAAACCAGAGAGCUUCAGAUGUCAAAUGAAAAUCACUUAUCACACCUAAUGGUAUUGAGCAACAAGCAAAUUUCAGUAUCUCAUAUAGUGUAUUAACGUGUUUUCUCCAUAUUAAAGAAAACGCCCUGUUUUGUACGUCCUGAAUGCCGUUAUCUGAGUUUUAAAAAUGUAUUCUGUCCCUCUCCAUCAGUCUGCUGCUUCCUGCCUGUCUCACUGAUGUUUUCACUGGCCAGCUGUACGUGCGUGUGUGUGUGUGUGUGUGUGUGUGUGCGUGUGUGUGCGUGUCUGUGUGUGUUUCUGUCUAGCUAUCUUUGUGAGGACCAAAAUCUGCAUUCUACUAUACUUGUAAGAACCAACAGUCACUUGUGAGGACACACACCGGUCCUCACAAAUUUGAAGGCCUUUUUGAGGCUCAAAAUGUGGUUUUAGUGUCAGGGUUACAAUUAGGUUACGGUUAGGUGUAGAGAAAGUUUGGUUUAGUUCUUUUACUAAAGCUUUUAAUGCACGGUCCUAGGGGCUGCUGGAUCAUCCAGACUCUCCUUUAAAGUUCCUGUUAAGCUUUUCUGCUCCUCUUCUCCUUCCUCUGACGGUCAUCUUUGGCGUUGUACUGUAGUCGAUCCCUUCUGACUGAUUGAUCCAUGUAUUAAGCUAUUGUGGAGAUAUUCAGCUUUUGAGCUAACAGAAAGAGUGGUAUCUAUUAAAAAAUCAGCUAAAAACAUGAUAUUAAAAUCAGAAAGGUAGACAGGUCCCCCUAUCCCUCUGUGGAGGGGAUUUAGCUUCCACAGAACACUGAGUCUUUUAGUGUUUGUGUUUUAUUUUGUGCUCUUAAAUCAAUUGUGAGGUCAUUCACUUGUUAGUAUUUAUCAAUAUCCACACAAUUUUCUGUUAGUUUUGUAAGUCACACUUUAUUUACACACUCUAUAAUAUACAUGCAGUCUCAGUGGAAGGGGAACCUGUCUAAACCAUCUGAUAUCAAUAUAAUAUUUUUUUAUAUAAUUAUUUUAAUAUUUUGACUAAAAAAUUAAUUAUAAACCUUAUUUCUUACACUAAUAGAGCCUUGUUGUUUUUUUUGUUUGGUUUUUUUGUUUUGUUUUUUAGGGUAGGCAUUUAUUUUUAAUGGUUAGGGUUAGAGUAAGGGGCUAGGGAAACCAUUAUGUCAAUGAAGGUCCUCACUAAGAUAGCUGAAUGGGCUUGUGUGUGUGUUUGUGUGAGACAUCAUAUAAAACAAGAGGAAACUCAACUUGUGUUGAGACUGUAAGUUAUGUCAAAUUGUACAAUUACGUGUGCUGCUGCUCUGUGUUUUUAUGCUCCUCUGGUUUCUAAAAAGAAAAAAAAGAGAAGCAUUCUGUGUAAACAUUAACGUGUCAACAUGUGGCUGCUGUUAAAUAGACACAUCUAAUUAUGCAAACUGGCAAAAUCCAAACUCCUGCCUCACAGGAGCACUGACGCUAUCGUAGUCGUUUGUCAAGUUGUCUGUUUUCCUGACUGUAUAGUGUGAUGUGACGAGGUUAAAGAGCUAAUGUGCGGUGUUUAGCUGCUUCUUCUUCUUCUUCUUCUUCUUCUUCUUCUUCUUCUUCUUUUAAAUAUACCUGGUAAAUUAAAAUGUCAGCUUACCUCUGUUUAAAUCUGGCAUAUGUGGUGUGGCUUACCCACUUUCACUUAGCAGUUAACUGUGAAAACACAAAGUCUUCAAAUUUAUUUAUUUAGGAUUUUGGUUUUUUUUUUGUUUUUGUUUUUUUACAGGGAUGCACCAUUUUUAUUGGCAGAUAUUGGCUUCAACUCCCAUCAGUUUAUUCAGCAAAUAAGACAGCAUUCAAAAACUGCAGCAACUGAUGUUUGUUUGUUGUGCUCCAUCAGUUUGGUGUCCAUUUUUAGCUCAGAGUGGGUCUCUCACAUCCAGUCAGGUGCAUAUGUGUCUGGACGACACUUAGAAUACAAUAUUUUGUUUUCUGAAACUAAUGAUGGCUUCCUUCGCUUAGAUUGACACGUCUGUUGACCCUCAUAUUUAGAUUUCAAGAGAACGGCAACCAAAUGCAAAUGCAACAAAACCACUUCAGACCUCAAUGAGGCUUCAUUACGAAAGAACUGGCCUCACCUGGCCAUAAAACUGUUCCUCGGUCGAUAACAGUAUUUGCCUGUUAUUUUUGGCCAUUUGAUAAACAAAAGUAUACUGUGUGUUUUAGUAACUCAAACCCCCACUUUAGAUGAGUAACGGACUUGUAAGCAGUUUAUCUCUUAUGUCAUAUGAAAAAGGUUGAAGUCUUUUACAUCUGAUAUUCAGAUAUUUGUAUUUGUAGAGAAUCCACGUCAACAUUUGUUUUAAAUUUUGUGUUGUUAAUAAAAAUAUAAAGGACAGUAACUACAAUGAGAGACAAACAAAAACAAAAAAGAGAGUGAGAGGACUACAGAGUAUAGCAGCGAUGCAGUAAUACAGUCACUACAAAAAAAACAAAGCAAGAUUUAAUUCAAUUCCACAAAGAACAUCCACCUCCUCUCAGGCUUGUAGAAUGCAGCAGCCUGUUCCUUUGAUAAGUCCAUAAAGUCCUCAAACCGCUUCACCUUACUGCAACACGUUGUUGUUUCGAGUUUGUUAAAAUGAUUUCAUUUGACUGUGCAAUUAUUUCAGAAGCAAAAAUGUGUUUCAGAAACCUAAUCUUAACCCUAGCUGAGUCACCAGUGAGGUUAAACAUUGGUAUCUGCUUAAAAUUUCACAAUUGGUGCAUUCCUGUGUUUUUAUUUAUUUAUUUUUUUUAAUCAGUUUCUAACCGAGAAUGAUGUAGCCGUCAUGCAAGGCCUCCUGCUGACCUGUAGAGUCCUUAUUUUUGUCUUCCACAUUUAAACUUCUUGUGGCGUUUCCAGUGAGAAACCAUGUGCCAGAUCUCUAAACAAACAAAAGGUUAAACAUUACACAUUUUCACUCAGCAGACACGGUCAGCUGACACCUCAGACCUCCUGUGAUUGUCAAGCAGGGCGGCGUGGUGCCAUUUCAUAGCAGAGUUUGAGCUGUUUGACAUGCUGACCUUAUUUUCUGCCACCCCUGCAGGGGUCGAACCCUCGUCAUAAUGAAGCUUUUCAUCACAAACCCUAAAACAACCACUCAGACUACAUCUAUAAAUAUUUUACAGAGACAGAAAAGGAGUGGUGGAGAUACGUCUGAUAAAGCUCUUAACCAUUUACCACUCUACUUAUUCUCUCCUGCUUUAGUUAACUCAGCAGCCUACCAAGCCCUUCUUCAAAACCCACACUUCUUCCAGAAGAUGCAAAUCAUUAACUCCUUAUCUUGCUGCUUGGCCAAUCGGUAUGCAGGCAUCCAGUGAUUUUCCUGUCUAGUGAGUCACGCCACUGGACUCUAAAAGCCCUUUCACCCACCGCUGAUCCUGAUCGAUAGGAGUAAAUGAACCAAGGAUUCCUUUGAUCAUUUUGUUUGGUGUUUGCAUCAAUAGUGAUGUUUGUUUUUUGCGUCCCAGGUUUAUACCCAGCCUGCAUCAAAUGUACAAAUAAAAAAAAAAAAUCGUACAGAGUUCAGGUAUCAGCACAUUUAAAUUAGUAUUUAUUUAUUUUUAUUGUAGCAGUGUCCCCGUCAAAUUUGACUCUUGAUGCGAGCAUUCAGCCAGGUUCAUCAUGGGAUUUUUUUAAAAUUUAUUUUUAUGUGUUUCUAAAUCUUACACAUGGAAACACAGUAUAAAUAAUGGUCCGUUUAAAGCCUUUGAAAAGUAGUGAGUUUGUGUGAAUAUGGUGUAACCUAAUCAGAAAAGCCCUUGUAAUAGGAAAUUCUGUGUUUUGUAAUAUUUCUGUAUGGGAUGUAAUAAAUUAUUCUACGGCAGUACUUUCUAUGGGAAACUACUUAAAAUGUGACAGUCUUUGUUAGUAUUUAUCUUCCAAUUUAAAUUAUUGUCUUUUUUUUUUUUUUUUUUUUUUUUGCAAUUUGUAGAUAGUGACGAUGACAAGGUAUGGGUAAUCACGAAAUUAACUGUUUCAUCAUCGGUCCGAUGCAUUGUUUAAUUUAUUGAUGUAUAUAGUGUACGUUUGUUGAUAAACAGCUUACUUUAUUUUGUAUAUGACCAAUAAA